AUGUUUAUUAUAUUAGUCGAUCCCAUGUCAGCUGCAUGUGGUCAAUCGAAAUAUAUCUGUGCGUUCGGAGGUAAUCAGGUUUGUGACGAGCUGUGUCGUACAGAAUGUAAUCGUCCUGGGGGACAAUGUGUUCGGUUAAGAUGCGUCUGCAAUUAAUGAAACAAGAAACGACAGAAAUCCUUUAAACAAGCAACUAUCAUGACGCUUAUCAUUUAUCUCAUUACUCUUAUCAAAUAAAUUGCUUAUCGUAAUGAUGUGCUUAUGAUUUCCGAGGAGCUCUGGUGCAAAGGAGAACAUGCGGAGAACUGGAUGAGAUCCGAACAGAGUUAUAACCGGUUAGGAAAAUUCCAACCGGUCUGGUCGGUGACAGACCAGUUUCAAAUGUUUUUCAGGUCGGUAAAAAUCGGCCAGUUCCAAAUAUUUUUUCAGACUAGUAAAAACCAGCCGGUUUAUUAGAUCAUUUGUAUUCGGUUAAAUUUAAGGAGCUUUGAAAACUACUCAGUUUUUUGUGAAACGCG